AUGCCCCCACCUCAUCUACCGCUCACCGCUCGAUCACGGGCCAUCCUUGCCCACCCAUCGAACACCACUCUCUCUCAUGUACUGGGUCUGGUACAGAAUGGGUAUCUCGAUACAGCUUCGAGGGUGGCGGUGGCUCAGAUCAGACGAAACAGCGCGGUAGCUUCACAAUCGAUCGGUACCGGUAUUAUAUCAAGAGCUUCCACUUCAUCUCCAUCUUUGGAGCGAAGAUCUUUGAACGGACGACAUAGUAUUAGAAUGUAUUCCGCUAGCGCCGCUCAGAUCAUCGAUCAUGAAGAACAUCAUUCCGAUUCAUCAUCAUCUACAUAUCAUCGUUACAAUUCACCUUUGUCUUCUUCACCUCUCCCAUCCUCAUCGUUACAUUCACCUUCAUCACGUCGAUCAAAAUACAAAAGCAAGAAAUCAUCAGCUAAUACAGGUAUAACCAAAGAUAAAAGAUUCUUUCGUUCACUAGAUCUACCAGAUGAAUGGUCACUUCUCCCAGACGAUUUCUAUUCACGAUUACGGAAUGGUGCAUUUCAAUCUGCUUCUCAUUUUUCACAUGAUUUUGAUCAAAACCACUUCGACACAACACAUCUAGGUUCGAUAGGUAAUCUAUUAGCAAUAUUUGAUUUGUUUAAACAGACUGCCGAACAUGAAGAUUGGAUCUGGUUAUCAACCAAAUUAAAUAGAUUAUCAGAAGUUUUAUCCGCUGUUAAAUCACGUCAAAAAGGUUUAUCAUCACUUAUCUGUUCUAUAAGAAGUUAUGCUUUAAUCAGUAUGGGUGAAAACGAAGAAGCUAUAAAGAUAUUAGAAAGAAUACAAUAUUUUAAUGAAUCAGGAUAUCAUUCUCAACCUACAACGCACGUUAUAGCUUCUCUCACUUAUAUUCAAAUGGGUGAUUGGGAUUUGGCAUUAAGAGAGAUGAUGGAUGCUAUAAAUCGUGGUGUACAAAGAGUAUCACCUGAAAAAGAUCAAAAAUCAACAAAUUAUCUUGAUUAUCCUUCUUUCGACCUCGCACUGAUCAAGGAAUAUGAACAAGCAGUUUUGAACGCUGGAAGAAAUGAAGAUCUGAUUGAAAUCGUACGCCAAUCAUCUUUUGCUUUUCGCAAAUACCUUAUCAAUUCAACUCAACAUCAUCAUGGACAUUCAAUGGCAUUCCCAAAUAUAUUCUUUGACGCUCUCAGUCGAAUUGGAUCACCGGUAGAAUGGUGGAAUGACGAAUUUGCCCGAAGUUCAGAUCCCCAAACUAGAACGUUGGGAGUAUUCAUCUUCAUCGCACUUACCAGGGAUAGAUCAAGGAUUAGGGAUGCUAUCACUUUACUCAAUAUAUUCAUAGAAAAUGGUACCGCUGUUCCCUCUACAGCAGCAAUCAAUCUCUGCUUCUUGGUGAUGACGGAAUCGACAAAAGAUGCUUGGAAGCUGUAUCAACGGGUUUGCGAGGCGUAUCCAAAUUUCACUCAUCAUGCUUUGUCUCAAGCUUUACGUCUGGCUGGUCAAGCUGGCUGGAUAGAAGAGGAGAAAAGGAUAUGGAACGAAUUAUCCACAAAGCACGUCCCUACAUUUAGAGAUCGCAUAACAGCCGCAAGCUACCAUGCUUACAGAGGAAGAGUGGCUGAUACAAUGUCAAUAUUAGAAAAUAGAGUUGGUAAGGACUUCGAGUGCAACCCCCAAGCGCUGCAAGUUUUGUUUACCGCUUAUAUAAACGCGAAUAAUUCGGAUGGAGCUCAAGCUGUUCUUAAUCAAUUAAACGACAUUGAACCUCAAAUCUACCCUUAUAAUGCUUUAUUACAGCUCUACGCAGACCAAGGAAAUGUCAAUGCUGCCGUCAAAUUAUUCGAUGAUCUGGUCAAUUCUACUCUGUCCCCUACUAUCCACUCAUACACUGCCCUCAUCUCAUUAUUCGCUCAUCGACGUGAUCCCGUCAACGCCGAGAACGUGUUCAAAGCGAUGAUUGAUGCUGGUAUCGAGCCGGACGCCAUUGCUCACGCCGCUGUAAUUAACGCCGAAGUAGAAGCUGGAGAUUUCCUGGCAGCUUUGACACGAUACAGGCAACUAUCAACCGACAUUCAGAGAGACAAAUCGAUCGCUUCUGCUAUCAUCAAAGCCUUGGUUCUCCUUUCUGCUCCCACCGAACAUGUUAUCAACGUAUUUAGGAGGAUUCGGGAACCCAGCAGGCAAGCUUGGGCCCUUGUUAUUCAAAACGCGUCUGACGCCGGUGAGAUGGAAUAUGCCAGAGAACUCUAUGAAGAAAUGGAUCAAGCUGCCAGAGAGAAACGUGGCCCUCGACCCGAUGCUUAUGCGUUCUCCAUCCUUUUACAUGGAUAUAUGAGGCUGGGAGAUGGAUCCAGUGCCAGAGCUGUCUAUGAUGAAAUGCUCAAGCGAGAAGUUCUACCUUCAAGUGUGACCUACGGAAUGAUCGUGAAAUCUUUCGCAGAAGCAAGAGGCGAAAGAUCUUUGGAGCAAGCACAUGAUUUCGCUAUAAACGUAUCAAAACAAGCCAAGGCAGGUAAUAUAGCCGAUAGAAGACAUGAGAAGGCGACUGUGAACGAAAAUAUCUUCAGUCCUCUGGUCGUCGCUCAUGGUAGAAAUCAAAAUUUCGAAAUGGCUCAAACUUAUUUCGACCUGAUCAACGAAGGUGAUCAGAAAGAGAGUGUUCAUGCAUAUACGCAAAUAAUGGAUGUCUACAGAAGAUCAGGUGAUGUCGAGAAAGUCUUGGAAAUUUGGAAUAAAACUUUUCAAUUUGCUUGUGAUACAACUUCUUUCAGACCCCCUCUGAACACCAAGACUGAGACUGAAAAUGGUCACUCCGAAGAGGAAGCGAUGAGACCCACUCGAAGUAAUGAUAACAUACUUUGUAUACCAUUAUCAAUUGUUUUAGAUUGUUUAUCAAAUGCUGGAAAAUACUACGAAGUCAAAAAAGUUUGGAACCAAGUUGAAUCUUCUGGAUUUGGAUUCGACGCUGGAAAUUAUAAUCAUUUAUCUGUUGCUUUAGCUAGAACAGGUGAUAUAGAAGGUGCUUUCAUGAUUGCUGAUCAAAUCUUAUUGAAACGUUAUGAAGAAAUCAAAUUUAGGAAAAAUGAAUCUAUGAGAGAAUCUAAACGUCUACCAUCGAUCAAUAAGUUGAACAGCACCAAUAUUAAUUAUCACAGAGAAAUGGGAAAAGAAGAAAUGAGUCAACUCAUCGAUGAAGCUAUAACAGAUGAAGGUCAAUCAGGAUUAGAAUCGGAUGGCGAUAUGGAUGUUGAUAUGGACAUUGGUAUUGUGGAUAGACCCGUUGAACCUACUUUUGGACCACCCAAUAGAAGACAUGUUUUCCAUGGAAGAUCACCUUUCACAGUAGAAGCUAGAUCUGAUCCGAUGAGUGAAUUAGAAUUAAAACUAUUAUCAAAUUGGAGACCAACAGAUGUACUUUGGAAACCUUCUUUAUUAACCAUAUCGGUAUUGGAUACUGCUUAUGCUCAAUUAGAAGAUGCUAAAGCCAGAAGAGCUUGGCUACCAUUGGCUAUCUCUGAAUCGGAUGAAAAUGAAAAUGAAGACACUGCGAUUGAAGCUAGGGGAGGAGAAGAAGGACAAAGGAAAAGAAGAACUUAUGGUGUGGUUUUACCGUUAUUUGGAAAUGUUCCCGUUAGAAAUCAUUUGACUGGUGCACCACACAGAAAAGGUCCAACAGAAUUAUUGAAAUCUAUCAAUAGAAGAUACUCGAGAUUGGUAGGAUUGAUCAUGUUUCAUAGAAGGAAGAGGAUGGCAAGGAAGAUAAGGGAUAGACAAGGUAGAUAG